AUGUCGCAGUCCCCCCACACAUCCUCUGGGGGCCCAUACCCUUCCACGACCGCUGGAAUGGGCGGCGUGCCGACAGCGACCACCGACAUUCCCAUUUGCGCGGUGUUCCUAUUCCUUUAUAUCGGCUUCGCUGUAACAAACACCGCCAUCUUUCAACUCAAUCGUCGUAAGCACCACAAAUUCGUGCUCUCAGCGUUACUGUUCGGUUUCUGUAUGGCCAGGAUUGCCACCCUUGUGCUCCGAAUCGCAUGGGCAACUCGGCAACAUAACAUUCGACUCGGCGUGGCAGCACAGAUCUUCGUGAAUGCGGGUGUCCUUAUCAUCUACAUCAUCAAUUUGAUCCUGGCACAACGCAUCCUACGAGCAAAGCAACCGCGCAUCGGUUGGAAUUCGGUCUUGCGAGCCUCCUACAAGAUCGUGUACAUCGGUAUAGGCGCGGCGCUUGCCAUGGUAAUUACGGCCGUGGUGGUCUCUAUCUACACAUUGAACUCACACACCAAGUCUACUUGUCGAGACGUCCAGCUGGCCGCCCUCACCUACCUGCUCAUCUUUACCUGCCUCCCACUCAUUCACGUCGCAAUGGCUGUCUUGUUGCCGAGAUCCAAAGAUGAGGAAACAUUCGGACAAGGAAGCAUGAGGAGCAAAAUCAUCAUCGUCACACUCUCGACAUGUCUAUGCAUGUUGAUUGCCGGAUUCAAAGCAGGAGGAACUUGGAGUCCUCCACGUCCUCUCGACCGUGCAGCUUGGUACGAUUCCAAGGCGUGCUUUUACAUCUUCAAUUUCACAUGUGAGAUCUUGAUCCUCAGCGUCUUGACUUUCUCGAGAAUUGACAAGAAGUUUUUCGUUCCGGAUGGGUGUCGAAAGGCAGGAGAUUAUAGCCGACUUGGAAGAGAACAGGGCAAUCCGAUGGAGAUUGAGGAUAAUUCAGCUUCCAUGUCUGGUUGUAAUGAUUCCAAGACUUGA